AUGGGAAGCUCCAGUGGCGUCGCUGACGCCAUUGUCUUCAUCGACUGUAAUCAAGGCAGACCUCCGAGAGACCCUACAGUGAAGACUCUGAUCCGAAGUCGAGCUAUGAAGCAAGCCGCGAUUCAGCGCAAGAGGGACGGACGCUAUGAGAGGCUGAAUAUGAUACAGUAUCCUGAAUGGAUACUGGGUUCGCAACAGCAAAACGAACCGACAGAUGUAAAAGACGGAAACGUAGCGUUGGUUACAACUGUAAAUGAGACUGGUGGACACACUGAUGAGGCAGACGAAGACGAAGCUCAGACACGAAUCGCGAGAAAACGAACGGCCUUACUGGAAGGAAGUCUCCGAUGGCGUGCUGGCUACAAGCCACGCAUGCUCACCAGUUUCACGACAGGGAAUUCAUCAAACUAUUCACUGUUACAUUUGACCGAUCCACUCACUUUGCACCAUCUCGGCGUUACCACAUUUUCUCUCUUCCAUCCUGAAACGGCAUGCUUUGGGCACACCUUAACCAGUAUGCCUGAAUAUGCAAAGAGACGUCUCCUAUUCUUCAUCCCCAGUCUAUAUGGGCAUUUUCCAGCUCUCACCUACGCCACUGAUUGUGUUGUUGUUAGGUUAGAGCAGCUCAUUCGCUCAAGGGGCAUUUUAUCAUCAGAGAGGGAUGUUCUAUCGUUGGGCUACUAUACAAAGGCAAUAGAAGCUCUUCAGGGAAUAAUAGAUGAUGAAGAUCUACGAGCACUGCCGGAAACGCUAUGCGCGGUUUUACUCUUGGAAUUCUUUGAGCUACUACAUGGUGGGUCCCUGAUCGACUCAUGGAUAUAUCAUGCAGCGGGUGCAGCUCGUCUUAUCGAGCUUCGAGGUCCUCACAACUUUCGGACCAGGUUUGAGCUCUCACUUUUCAUGGCCCAUGCUGGCCCCAUUAUUACAGAAGCACUCUUGAUGGGGAAAAGGUGUUUUUUGUGUGAUGACGAACGCUGGCUGAAUGUCAUGAUCGACGCCAUUCGCAAUGACCCCAUUGUGCCGCAGGAUCAAGUUCAUCUCGUUGUUAAACUAUGGACAAGCCUCAUUAACCUACCAAACUUAUUUCUGGAUGUCAGAGAUUUGAUUCGUAUGUCAGCGUCGGCUGAUAGGCGCCAGGAUCUCAUUACAAGGCUCCUUGCUGAGCAAGACCAGCUUCAGCGAUGGCUGGCAUUAGCCGAGCAGUACCAGUGUGGUAUUAUUUCUGGCAAAUUAAGCACCCUAGCUGACGGUGCAAGUACAUUACUACUGUAUUCAACAGUUCGUGAGCAGCCGGUAUCCUGGAAAGUUCUUAUAGGGACUUAUAUAUUCGUCCUUCUCGUUCAACUACGCUUAUUAUUUUCGCUCUCACCAUCACAAUUUCCUGAACUAGAGUCUACAUGCCAAGCAGUGGCAGAUAUGGUUAUGCUGAUGAUUACAGACUGGGAUAGCUAUCGAAAUGACCGGCUUGUCGGUGGGAUCUUCAUGUCUCAAGCCAUGUGGAUGGCCAAAGCUAUCUUGAGAACUCGGGAUUGCUGGAGUGAUAGUGCAUCGCACACCAAAAAUACUGGCAUGAUUGAUGGGUGGAAGUUUGAAGCUUGGGUAAAUGCGAUAGCAGGAGAAGUAUAUAGUAAAUGA